AGUGUCUCCCCUAUAUUGAUAUGAAUUAAUGGCAUAAUCUUGAGAGGAGCGAAGUAAUGUAAAAUAUUCAAAAUAACACAUCGUCUUGUCAGUUUAUUCUCAAAAGUCGAACGAUCCAUACGAAUUUUUUUCGCCUUUGGUGUUUGCUACUGUGAGAAUUUUCUUUUAAUACUUUCUUCUGUGCAUUACUUCAGUUUUUGGCGCAUUCCUUGCAAGAGACAAAAGAUGAGCAUAUCAGAUUCUGAGGAAACAUCUAUUGGACUAGAAAUGAAAAUAUCGGAGAGAAAGCUCAGCAAGAGAGUGACUGAAGAUGUAAUGAAAAAAACCAUGGAGUCUGAUCCAAUUCAGAAAUCUAUUUCGGGAUUUGGAAAAUGGCAGUUUAUGGUCUUUGUCACAGUUUGCUUACUCAAGUUUCCAGUUGCAUGGCAUCAGAUGAGCAUAAUAUUUCUUUCCCCUAAAAUUGAUUAUAGCUGUAUAGAACCAGAAGGAUUCAAUGGUACAUUGGAUAAAUGUGAUGCCAGAUGCAAUGGCCACGAGUUCGAUAGGUCAGUCUUUACUGAAACAAUAUCAACUCAGUGGAAUUUAAUCUGUUCACAAAAUCAAUUGGGGGAUACAUCGCAAAUGAUUUUUAUGUUCGGCAUUUUGAUUGGGAACGUUCUCUUUGGAAGCUUGGCAGAUAAAUUUGGUCGUCGUGGUCCAUUGGUUAUUGCCGUUCUCAUUCAACUUGUAACUGGCGUUGCUACAGCAUUUGCCCCUUGGUUUUGGCUAUUCUGCUUUCUACGUUUCCUCACAGCCCUCGCAACAGGAGGAACUAUGCUGACAAGUUUUGUCCUCAUUAUGGAGAUUAUUGGUGUCAAGUGGCGCGAAUUACUUUCCGUCAUUUAUCAGAUUCCUUUCAAUUUGGGCCACUUAACACUCCCCGUAUUUGCCUACUUCAUCCGUGACUGGCGGUAUCUUCAGCUUGCUCUAUCCAUCCCAUCCGUUCUGCUCAUCUCCUACUAUUGGCUCAUACCAGAGUCCCCGCGUUGGCUAAUCACCAUGGGACGAUUGGAUGAAGCCACGAAGAUUCUCACUAAAGCCGCGGAGAUGAAUAAAAUGCCAACUGAUGGAAUUAGCAAGAAUAUCGAUUCACUUGCCAAGCCAAAGGAUAGUGAAGCUCAUGUUAAGAAGGGAAAUAUGAUGGAUCUCGUCAGGACACCAAAUAUGAGGAUCAAAACUUUUGUAAUGUGCUUCGAUUGGUUCGUCUGUGGCAUUGCCUUCUUUGGCGUGGCUCAGUAUGUUGGACAAUUGAGUGGAAACAUCUUCAUAAAUGUUGCAAUCUCAGCUGCCAUCACUCUCCCCGGAACAGUCCUCGGGAUCUACUGCACAAAGGCCUGGGGUAGGAGGUAUACCCUCAUUGCCGCCAACACACUCGCCGGUGCUUCAAUGCUGGCUAUUGCAUUUGUACCAAAGACAUACUCCACCACAAUUGUUACACUUGCCUCCUCAGCUAUGAUUGGAAUGAGCAUCUCAUUCCCCACAUCCUACCUCUACGCAGGUGAGAUUUACCCCACAGUCGUGAGAAAUAUUGGCAUGGGAACAUCCAGUAUGAUUGCUCGAGUUGGUAGCAUGAUUGCCCCAUUUGUGGUGGGAGCAGAUAAAGCCGCACCCUGGCUGCCACCAGUCAUCUUUGGUAUUGUACCCAUCAUUGGUGCUCUCCUCACAUUCCUGCUGCCAGAAACAAAAGGUGCCCCACUGCCUGAGACGAUUGAAGAUGGUGAGAACUUUGGUAAAAAGAUCCCAGUUGAUACGAAAGGAGAUGUUGAAGCUGCUGGACAGUAGAGGGAUGCCUUAUGUCACAAAUUACAGUGAUGGAAAUUAGAAAACCAAAUACAAAUUCCUAACAGGUUCAUUAUACUGAAAACAAAUUAGGCCUAUAAGUAAAAUAAUGUACAAUUUUAUGUAUAGCAAGUUCUAUUGUUAAGACUAUGAAAAAUGUAAUUUAUUUAAUUUUAUAACAUUUGUAUAGACAUAGACGAUGACUUUAAUAAAAGCAUUUAAAAUUGAAUCAA